UGUUUUGAAAUAGUGAUUUUGUUUACUUAUGUUCCUUCUUUUCAGUUACAGCUGAAACUAAAAGAAUCGAACCACAUUUUGUGAAAUUUGUUAAAAUCACAGCAAAGCACAAAUGAAUUCUGCUAUAACACACAUAUUUCGUCGGCAAUUAUUACUGAGGGCUAAAAUCUCUCGUGACCUGACUAGUCUACCGUUCAAUCGACAGAUUCGUAAUGUUUGUCCAACGCAACGAUCCCUACAUCUACAAGCUGGUCCUGUUUUCAAUAAAGCUACUAUUCGAGAUGAGUUUUCGCAGCUGGAAAUCAAACAUGACCCCGACACGUUCGGAACAUUAUCACCAUUGGUGCCUGAGCCGGAAAAGUUAGACGAAGGUGAUAUAAAAGAGGAAAAUUUUAUCCAAAACUACCCUCCGCGAUCGCAGAAGUUGAGUACAAAACAGUACGCGGAUUUAAUCAAAAAUCACUUGAAAAAUCAACGAAUUAAAGAAGCAAUAGAUAUACUAGAAGUACGAAUGAAAGAAGAUCGUGUGGCGCCGGUUAACUACCUGUUCAAUUUAGUGAUUGGCGGAUGCGCUCGGGUUGGAUACAGCAAGAAAGCAUUUCAGUUGUACAACAAAAUGAAACAACGUGGAUUGAAAGUUACUGGUGGGACCUAUACCGCUCUUUUCAAUGCCUGCGCCAACAGUCCUUUUCUGGAAGAUAGCUUACAAAAAGCUAACAGACUUCGAGAAAUUAUGAUAGAAAAAGGUUAUGAACCAAAUGAAUCAAAUUACAAUGCAAUGAUCAAAGCUUACGGUAGGUGUGGCGAGUUGAAAACGGCUUUUCAAUUGGUAGAUGAUAUGAUUGUGAAAAAUUUGAACACCAGUACCGACACUUUCAAUUUUCUGCUACAAGCCUGCAUAAGCGAUGUUGAGUAUGGAUUCCGACAUGCUUUACUAGUGUGGCACAAAAUGUAUCGCAUGAAAGCCUUACCGGAUAUCUACUCGUUCAAUCUACUACUGCGAUGUGUACGAGAUUGCAAUAUUGGCGACUUGGAGACAACCGAACAGGUUAUAGAACAAAUUAUCUCUCACAGUGGGAUGCCAUUGUUACAUCAGGAUAGUUCGAAUCCUACUCUUCUCGGAGAUGGAACCGUGCCAAGUUCAAUCGAAACUCAGAUAGUAAAUGUUGUAAAAGAACCAGCUGCCCCAGAAGGAGCACCAAAUCUUCUGUCUCGUACACCUCAUUUGGGAAGCCUUAUCGGCCUUGGUGAAAUUAAAAAACCUGAAGAUCGCCUCCUAAUACUGGGCGGAGCAACGAGUUUUCUAGAAGAAAUGGAACAAGCAAAAAUACAACCUGACAUCAAAACUAUGACCGAACUGAUGGAUGUGAUUCCUCCUACGAUUGUAGCCGAAAAACAGAUUUUAUCCACCAUUCGAAGGUAUGGCAUAAAAUGUGACAUAGACUUUUUCAACAUUCUCAUUAAAAAACGUUCGAUGCGCUUCGAUUAUGAGUCGGCUCGGGAGGUCUUAACGAUGAUCAAAACUGCUCGACUAGAACCGGAUAUCGUCACAUAUGGAGUGUUGGCCCUCGGUUGCCGGACGCAAGAAGAAGCACGUUCUCUACUAAAAGAAAUGGACGACGCCGGUAUAAGAGUAAACAUUCAAAUCUUGGGUGCCAUGCUACGGCAAGGAACGGCAACACAAAACUUCCGCUACGUGACAGAUAUUCUCGAAAUUGUGAAACAACAACGCAUCAAACCGAACGGCAAAAUCCUACAGCAUUUGGAUGAUUUCAACCGGAAAUGUGAAAAGCAAAACAAACUCUACGAUCGGAAUCCCCGGAAGGUAGGGCGCCAGGAGUUUAAACUGGAAUACAACCGUUACAAAGUGAAGUUGGAGUACUGGAUGGAUCACAUGGGACUGAAGGGGCUAAAGUUGGAUGAAGCUCGAGGAAUAGUCAGGGAGCACCCGUGGGAACAAUUCAAACAGCCACAAGCCGACGGUUAUGAGGCGACCAAGAACCCUAAACAAAGGCAUAAAAAGAAAAAACAACAUUCUAUACGAAAGAUAAAGGUGGAAGAGUUAGAUGAAGGAAGGCAGCCAGAGAUAAUAAGGAUAGAGUAAGAACAAGGACUGAUUUUAUGAGAUCAUAGUAACCAUAGUUCCAAUAAAAUAUUGCACUUAUUUUCUUAUUCGUAAUAAGUCCUGUUGGUCCGAUACAUUUUAA